AUGAAGUGGAAAGGGCCCUGGAGUGUGGUUCUCCUCACUGCUCUUUUCUCGUCAUGGCCUUGCUACGGGCUCAAUUUCGGCAGAGAGAGUUCACCAGGGUUCAACCUCGACGUCAUGGGUUUUAGCGGUGCAGUCACGAGGCGUGCAGACCCUAGCCUGGCCGGGUACUUAGGGGUCUUUUUUCUUGGGGCCGAUCCUUACGUGUACUUCUACCUCAGCAAUGGAAACGACCCUCUCUCCUUCAAGGCCCUGAAUCGAGGCACUCCUAUCGUGAGACCAACGAAGGGAACGGGGGGCGUUCGCGACCCAACCAUCGUCCCGGGCGGAGGAAGCGAAACAGGCAAGAAGUGGUACAUCAUAGGAACAGAUUUGGACAUUGGCAAGACGACGUGGGAUGCGGCACAACGGACUGGGUCUAGGGGAAUCUUUGUUUGGGAGAGUACAGAUCUCGUGAACUGGGUCAACGAAAGGCUCGUCGUGGUGGAGGAUGCGACUGCCGGCAUGGUCUGGGCUCCCGAGGCAAUUUGGGACCCUGCGAAAGGGCAGUAUCUGGUUCACUGGGCGUCAAAAUUUUACUCAACCUCCGACCCCAGGCACACCGGCUCGCCCUCCAACAUUCGCAUCCGCUACGCCUACACCAGCGACUUCAAAACAUUUACGGCGCCGCAGACGCUCAUCGACAAAUCACCCACUAACAUCAUCGACUUGAAUAUCCUCCCGCUCAAUGGCAGCAAUGGGCAGUCCUUCUUACGGUUCAUGAAGGACGAGAGCAAGAAGAAUGUCUUCGUCGAGGUUUCCAGCACAGGAUUAUUCGGUACCUGGACCCGACCGGGCGGUUCCUCGGCAAUAAUACAGGCGAAUGUGGAAGGCCCGGCUGCAUACUUGGACAAUCAAAACCCGAACAAGGUGCAUCUUUUACUGGACUUUUACGGCGGUGACGGGUACCGCCCGUAUGAGAGUAUAAGCCCGGGAAGUAACAGUGGGUGGGCAGCGAGUGAUAGCCGCAACUUCCCCAAGAACCUGAGGCACGGGAGCGUGUUGCCCGUCAACCAGACGCUGUAUGAGGCGCUGCGGGCAAGGUGGGGAUAG